GAAACAGUCGCUUAGAGCACGUCGCAGAAAUUAAAAUGCUCCGCUAUAUAUUGUUCCUGUCAGUACAUUAUUUAUUGUGGUUUCCCGUUGAAAAUGUUUGCGGUGAAACGUUAGAUUCAAGCACAAUUUAUGACUAUAAUUGUGAUGUGCAAAUAGAUGUCGUUAAAACGUUUAUUAAAGAAUUGCAAGAUGUGCGAAAGCGGGAAGAUAUUAUUUUGGCACAAAUAUCUCUCAUUGAAACCAAACUGCAAUCGGUUGAAGAACAGCUGAGUGUGCGAAAGUCGGUGGCUUCAAGCUGUUUGGAAGCAGCAGCUGAGAGCUUCAAAACUGGUGUUUACAAUAUUACAUUGGAGAAGUUUAGUGACACACCGUUUGCCGUAUACUGUAACGAAGAGGUGGACUAUGGUGGUUGGUUGGUUAUACAACGACGUGUCAGUGAUGCCGUGGACUUUGAUAGAGAUUGGCGGGAGUAUAAGAGCGGUUUCGGGGUGCUGGAUGAAAACUACUGGAUUGGUUUGGAAAAACUACAUGCCUUCACCAGUAGUUGUCAGCAUGAGCUCUAUAUCGAAAUGCAGAAGUAUAGUGGUGAAAGUUAUUAUGCGCGCUACUCAGAAUUUGUAGUCGGCAGUGAAUCGGAGGGCUAUCCUCUUAGAAUAUUGGGUACUUAUGCAGGCACUGCUGGCGAUAGCUUGAAAUAUCACUUGGGUGCAAAGUUCACCACUCGUGAUCAUGAUAAUGAUCGUAAAUGUGCUGUAUAUUUCGAAGGCGCCUGGUGGUUUAAAAAGUGUUACUAUAGUCAUCUUAAUGGAGCAUAUGGACAAACGAGCACUGGCGUCGAAUGGUUCAGCAUAGCUAUGGAUGAAUCUUUGAAAUCAGCGCAAAUGUUGAUACGGCCCACAGAGAAAUGCCUAAGACGCAUGUCACUGAAGGCCAAAUGAUUUUACAUAUUAUGUGAAAAGAAUUAAAUUGUUAUUAAUUAAAUGUUUUAUUAAUGUCUUAGUCAA